UUAUAGAUUUAAUGAAUGGCCGUGAAGGCUUUGAAGUGAUGCGUUAAUGUGGCAUUAUGUUAUUUUCUAGUUAUAUUGAGGAUUAUUAUGACUUUAUGGAAAAUAGUACAAAGACAUAUUUAUGAUUUAUUGUCCCAUAAGUAUUCCGUAAUAAUUAUCUUAAUAUCUCUCAGUACGAUAUUGGUGUCAGUUAUUCAUUUUGGAGAGGUUUGGAUGACAUGGAGUCAAGAGAAAUAUGAAACAGUCUUUAAUUCAUUCAGUGAUAAUAUUGUGGGAAAGUCACUGCAGAGCAAACUGUGUCAGAAUGUACCAAUUGAUGUAGUGUAUACAUGGGUAAAUGGGUCAGACCCCAUUCUACUACAGCAACUUCAGCAGUAUCAUCUACAGCUUCAAAAAGAAUCGUCAAUAAAAUGUCCUUAUGCAAAUUGCGCACCUUCUCACAUUCUCACAUUCAGAGAUCAGCUCUUAGAUGAGGCAGUUGAAGAUGCUCUUUUGCUCGCUGGCUUUCAAGGGAAAAAUGCUUCACUGAGGCAUAGAGUGACAGUUGAAAACAAUAACUGGACUUUUAUUGAAUUUUACUCACCAGAACUAGCAGCUGAAGCUAUGAAAUUUAUGUUAAAGUCCAAUGUUACCAUAUGUCAUGCUCACUGGACUUCAGAUAGCACAGUCUCUAAAACAAGUGGAGAUGCUGCUAAUACCGUCAUGAUCAGUGGAAUACCGAACACCUUGAUUAAAGAAGCGGGGAAUAGUGUGCACACAGAACUGGCAAGGCAUUUGCAGUCAAAGAUACAAAACAUGUGGGUGUAUGCUGAGAAAGGACUGGCAGUGGUUGAAGUGGAGUCAUCAGAAUCUGUCAGUAGAAUCCUGCAGUUGCUGAGUAAUGUGACUAUAGGUGGGAAUAUAGUGAAUAUAAGUAAAGCGUACCUUAUCCUUGAAAUACCUCUUGUAUACAACAGUAAGGACUUUUCUCCAUCACGUUUUGAGGACAAAGAGGAACUACGCUACUCAUUACGAUCCCUUGAGAGAUUUGCUCCAUGGGUACGACAUGUUUACCUUGUGACAAAUGGCCAGAUACCAUAUUGGCUAGAUAUGGAAAAUCCCCGGCUAACUGUUGUAACUCAUGAUCAAAUCUUCCCUGAUCCGUCACAUCUUCCAACAUUCAGCAGUCCUGCCAUAGAAAGUCAUAUACACAGGAUUCCAGGUCUUUCUCGCAAAUUUCUGUAUCUGAAUGAUGAUGUCAUGUUUGGGAAAGAAGUUUGGCCAGAUGAUUUUAUUACAAACACUAAUGGUCAGAAGGUGUACCUCUCAUGGCCAGUUCCAGAUUGUUCAGAUAGUUGUCCUUGGUCCUGGGUGGCUGAUGGUUCUUGUGAUGUGUCUUGCAACAUAUCAGAAUGCUCCUUUGAUGGUGGAGACUGUGAUCUGAGUGCUGAAGAUGAUAUUGGUCUCUAUGAUGAGAACCGACAUCUUGCAAACUAUGAUGACAAUGUUAAUUUGUACAAUGAAAAUCAUCAUGAAUCCAUUAAUGAUAAUUUGUUCCACAAUAUAAACUUUGGGGGAGACGUAGUUUUGGAAGAUCUCCAAGAUCCUGGAAAGAAGAUGAAUAGUCUUUUAGAUGUAUUAAUUAAAACAAAUGCUAAAAAAGACAGUUUUAAAGGAAACCUCCCAUUCCUAAGAGAAUUUGAUGAAAUUAAGUAUAAGAAUUCAAAUGGCAGCAGAAAUAUUAGUGAUACAGAUAAUACACCACCAUUCAUAUACAAACACAACAUCACAAGUAAAUUUCUUCUUUAUAGAGAGAUUAAACUUGAUUCAAAAAAGACAGCAAAUCAGCACAGGAAAAAUAAUAAUCCUCAACAAUAUGAAGAAAUCUAUGGAGGAGAAGGAAAUAACACACUGUGUAUGCAGAGAAUACCUCAGGUUCAAGAAGGAAAGAAAGAAAAUACAAGCUCUGACAACACAUUCAUUGUACGUGGGUCAGCUCUUGUACACCAGCAGAAACAUAGUUGGUAUGUAGGUGAUAACUUGCUUAUUAACACAAGAACUGGAAAUAAUGACAAUCGUACAAACACUGAACAUAGUACUCAGUCAUAUGUUGAUAAACUUUCUGGUAACAGCAGCGCCAGUGUACAUCAUUAUCAUGUAGAUAAUGCAGAUGUGCCUGGAGAAUUGUACCUAAGACAUACAAAUCAGAAUGCAAGUUAUGUAAAAGAAACUGAAUUAAAAAGGAAUUAUAGUGAUAGGUUUGUAGCAUGGGAAAAAUGGCAGAAUGUACAGAGUUCUGCAUUCGGUAAGAAGAAUGUGAACCAUAGUCUUUUGUAUAGCAAUGAGACAUUUCAUGAAAAACCUAAUGAGGGUCAGCACAUUCAUAGUGCAAAAAAAUCAAACCAGACUUAUGGAACAGGGAAAUCUUUCAGCUCACAGACAGUUAAACGUGAACCUGUCAGAGAUGUUUCUGCUUACAAUGCCAGACUUCGUAAGUUGUACCUGAAACUGAAUGGUAAAUCUGAUGAACUGCAGCCAUUAUAUGCAAAACACAAUCCUCCUUCAGCAGAUGUAAAUCGUAUGCAUGCAGAACUUCAGCAUAUUGAUUAUGAUGUGGAUUGGAAAAAUGGAGAUAAAGUUUCUAACAUUCCUAAAAAGAAACGGAAGGUAGUAAAAAUGUUUGAUGCUCAGCAGUAUCACAUCUCACCUCCAGGAAAGAAACCUCAUGACACAUUUGCUGAGUCCCUUUUGUAUGUGAACAGGUUGUACAAUCAGGAGUUUGGCUUUGAACCUCGUAAGGUUCCAGCCCACAUGCCACAUCUUAUUGACAUCGAUAUUAUGGAAAGUCUUCAAGCAAGAUUCAGUAAACAGUGGCACCUCACUUCAUCCCACAAGGUGCGCCAUCCACAUGAUAUGCAGUUUGCAUUCUCGUACUUUUAUUUUCUGAUGAGCAGCAAGGUGACUCUUCCACUGUCAGACAUUUUUGAUAUUUUUGAUACUGAUGAUUCUGGGACAUGGUCAGAUCGAGAGAUCAGGACAUUAUUAACUCGUUCAUAUGAUUUGCCACUUAACUAUGCAAGAGUCGUCAAGUUUGAGAAUGACAUUGUCAACUGUUCUAAGGAGCUGUCAGAGGAACUGUCAAAUGUAAAUGUUCCUACUCCCCCAUAUGAACGCUAUCAAGAUUCAAACCUGCCAGUUGUUAGCAAAACUCUUGUCUCCAACUGCAAACCUGUGGUGGAUAUGCUGGUGAAAAAAUUUGGUGACAGAAAGAUGUACAGGUAUCAAGUUGAACGGGACAAACACCAAGAUGUAAGCUUCAAGAUGCUCAGCUCAAAUAUAACACAAUUGGUAUCUCAUCUAGAUGAUGUUCGUCGGGAUCCAAAAAAAUUUAUCUGUCUGAAUGAUAACCUAGACCCAAAGCGAGAGGAAGAUAAUGCUGUGGCUCGCGCUAUUCUUCACGAUAUGUAUGAGUCACUGUUUCCACAGCCUUCAUCUUUUGAACUUCCACCAGAAUUCCGCAAUCGGUUCUUGCAUAUGACAGAAUUGGAGGCAUGGCGAACCAACAAGAAUACUAUCCGAACAGUUGUUUACAUUUGUCUGACCAUCCUUAUCACAUUCACAUUAGUCAACUUCUUUCAUGUGGAGUGCCGCUGGUUGCAGCGAAAGUUAUGUCAAAGGAUGAGACAGCAAUACCACAGAGAAACACCAUUAGUUCCAUGUGUUUGAUGCUUUGUAAACAGUCUCACAGAUAUUGUAAACCUGUGUGUUUGGUUUAGAUAUCCUGUAGUUGAAAUUUGUUAAAAUCACAUGUUCAGGUCAUGAAACAUGAAUAGGUACAAGUAUGUCAUGUUCUCAUUUGAGGACAUAAAAGCACUUCUGUGUAAAUUGUUGCUUCUAACCCUUUAUCUUGCAAGUGUUUAUGUUUACUUUCAGCCUUCAUUUGACAUUGCUGAAUAUUUCACUAACUGGAUACUUCAGUAGAUUGUACUAUAUGUGGGAGCAGGAUUCCUCUCAUACAUUGACUACAUUUUUUCAUAUGGUAAAUAAUAUAUAAUUAUUAUUUUCUUCUCAAACAAUGAAGCAUUAUGGUGUGUUUAAAUGGAGUUGAGUGAGGGUUAAUCCAUUCUCUGUUUGUGAAAAUGUAUACGUAUCAAAAGAUUGUGCAUUGCUGGUUGUCAGCAUGUUUCCUGUUUCUCAGUUACAUUUCAAGCCAAUUGAAGCUCCCUAAAUUUGUCACUGUCCUUGCAAUUCUAGCUGACACCCUUGGACAUAGGCUACAAAAGUAAAGGAACUACCUUCUGAGGUGUAAACUGCCAUAAACAUUUAUCAUUAUGUGCUCAUCAUGCUUCUCUGUUCAUUUGACCAAUAUGACCCAAAUCCAUCCAAACAGAUCCCUCACUUCAUGCUUCACUUUCACUCCCUUUAAUGUGGUCAAAAGUGUAAAUGUCCCUCAUCCAUAAGGUCACAGUAUUUUGCAGUUCACCUGUUAAGUAUCAUCUGACAUCAUCAUUGCUUCCCCUAAUAGAGCAUAAUGCAACACAGAUUACUAUAAUACAUAUUAUUCAGUAAUGUUGUGAAUUCUGAAGUGAAAAUAUUGCAAUUUUUAGUUGAUGUAACUACUUCCAUGACAAAGUAUAUUUGUCCUUAGUCUGAGCAAUGAUUCCAGUGCCAUAUAAACAUGUAGUACAAGUGUAUGUUCUAAUGGAGAUUAUACAAAAUAGUGGUUAUUUUUAGACUGUA